UGGUGACGCUAUACCGAGGCUCCGCCCCAUUUCUUGGAGCCAAGACAGUCGGGCAGCUGAAGCUAGGGCCAAUCAGAGGGAAGGCUCCGACGAUGGCAUGGUGAUGGAACGCAGCUGAGAGGUCUGACAAGAUGUAUCAGGUCCCACUGCCACUGGAUCGGGAUGGGACCCUGGUCCGGCUCCGCUUCACCCUGGUGGCCCUGGUCACGGUCUGCUGUCCACUUGUCGCCUUCCUCUUCUGCAUCCUCUGGUCCCUGCUCUUCCACUUCAAGGAGACUACGGCCACACACUGUGGGGAUGUUCUCUGCAGUCUCCCAGCCUUUGGACCCAGAUGGGAUUGUGUUCCGGCUCCGCUUCACGGCCAUGAUCUGGUGGGUCAUCACUUUCCCCAUGUUCGGCUUCUUCUUCUGCAUCAUCUGGUCCCUGGUGUUCCACUUUGAGUACACGGUGGCCACUGACUGUGGGGUGCCCAAUUACCUGCCUUCGGUGAGCUCAGCCAUCGGUGGGGAGGUGCCCCAGCGCUACGUGUGGCGCUUCUGCAUCGGCCUGCACUCAGCGCCCCGCUUCUUGGUGGCCUUCGCCUACUGGAACCACUACCUCAGCUGCGCGUCCCCGUGUCCUGGCUACCGCCCACUUUGCCGCCUCAACUUUGGCCUCAACGUCGUCGAGAACGUCGCGCUGCUAGUGCUCACCUACGUCUCCUCUUCUGAGGACUUCACCAUCCACGAAAAUGCUUUCAUUGUGUUCAUCGCCUCUUCCCUCAGUCACAUGCUCCUCACCUGCAUUCUCUGGCGGCUGACCAAGAAGCACACAGUAAGUCAGGAGGACCGCAAGUCCUACAACUGGAAACAGCGGCUUUUCAUCAUCAACUUCAUCUCCUUCUUCACGGCACUGGCUGUCUACUUUCGGCACAACAUGUAUUGUGAGGCUGGAGUGUACACCAUCUUUGCCAUCCUGGAGUACACUGUUGUCCUAACCAACAUGGCGUUCCACAUGACAGCCUGGUGGGACUUCGGGAACAAGGAGCUGCUCAUUACCUCUCAGCCUGAGGAAAAGCGAUUCUAAACCCUUUCUCUCCUGCUAAGAAGGAGGAGGCAGUCCACUGCCCAGAAACUAGAAACAAGACACCACUCUGGCCUUCCCCA